AUGGAUGAGCUUCAAAGAAACAACAAUUUGCAAAUGAAACAUCUCAAGUUGCUAGCUGCAGGACAGCAGGAAGAAGUGAAGUGUUUCUUUCUCUCGGCAACAAUCUGUUCACCAAGGAAGCUUUUGGUGGAGCUGAUAGCAAACUUAUUUCCUCCAACACCAAAGCCUGAAGGUGCAGAUGAGGAUGAGGAAGGGAUUUCUGAUGGUUCGCCAAUGGAAGGUACAGAUGAUGUGAAAGAAGGAACUGAUGGGUUAACGCUGGACGAUACAGAUGAGGAUAAAGAAGGAACAGAUGGAUUUACAAGGGAUGAUGCAGGUGAGGAUAAAGAAGGGUUUGCUGACGGUUUACUGCCAGAAGAUACAGAUGAGGUUAUUGAAGGAACCACAUAUGGUUUAACACUGGCCAAUGAGUCAAUAACAUGUUCGUUACCUAUAUAACUGCACGUAAAAAUGUAACUCUUAACCAUUUGUUAUCUGUAUAUUAUUGGUGCUUCAUUUUUGCUAAACAACAUUGAAGUACUUCGCACUAACAAGCAACAAACUCAAAAAAAAAAAAGCCUGCUUAUUACCUACUGAGUCA